CUCUCUCUCUCUCUCUCUCUCUCUCUCUCUCUCUCUCUCUCUCUCUCUCUCUCUCUCUCUCUCUCUCUCUCUCUCUCUCUCUCCACAGAACUGAGUGACCCCCGUGCACUGGUGGUUCUCCACAAUGACAUCGUUGUUGUGGACCUACUCUCCCCCAGCUACCCCUGUUUUGAGAACCCCUAUUGAAGGGAUACACACGAGUCACCUGUCACCUGCUGUACACACCUGGCUGACUGCCCUGCUGACCUCAACCCUGCCCUCUACUUAGCUGGGGCCAGGGGAGGGGGGCACAGGAAGCAGGGUUUCUCUGAGAAGGAGUGGCCAAUCUCUGGGAGGGAGUGGGACAGCACCUUCUGCCCGUACCCUGAAAUGACCUUGACUGGACAUGUGGACGGGUCAAUAAAAUUCUGGGAUGCCUCUUCUGUGGGACUCCAGAUUCUUUACAAAUUGAAGACUGCAAAGGUAUGGCCUAUUCCAGUUCACCUGAGUCCAUCCCAGCCUCCCCAACUGCAUCCCAGCCACACCAGUGCAUCCCAGUCUAUCCCAGCCUCCCCCAGUACAUCCCAGCUUCUCCCAGUCCAUCCCAGCCUCUGCCAGUGCAUCCCAGCCUCUUCCAAUCCAUCCCAGCAACUUCUACUCCAUCGCAGCUUCUCCCAGUUCAUCCCAGCCUCCCACACUGCAUCCCAGCCUCUCCCUGUGCAUGCCAGCCUCUCCCAAUCCAUCCCAGCCUCUCCCAGUCCAUCCCAGCCUCUCCAAGUUCAUCCCAGCCUCUUCCAGUGCAAUCCAGCCUCUCUUAGUGCAUCCCAGCCUCCCAAUGCAUCUCAGCCUCUCCCAGUGCAUCCUAGCCUUCCCCAGUUCAUCUCAGCCUCUCCCAGUCUAUUCCAGCAUCUCCCAGUGCAUCCCAGCCUCUCCCAGUACAUCCCAGCCUCUCCCAGUACAUCCCAGUCUCUCCCAGUGCAUCCCAGCCUCUCCCAGUACAUCCCAGCCUCUCCCAGUGCAUCCCAGCCUCUCCCAGUACAUCCCAGCCUCCCCAGUGCAUCCCAGCUUCUUCCAGUACAUCCCAGCCUCUCCCAGUGCAUCCCAGCCUCUCCCAGUGCAUCCCAGCUUCUUGCAGUACAUCCCAGCCUCUCCCAGUACAUCCCAGCCUCUCUCAGUACAUUCCAGCCUCUCCCAGUGCAUCCCAGCUUCUUCCAGUGCAUCUCAGCCUCUCCCAGUACAUCCCAGCUUCUAGUGCAUCCCAGCUUCUUCCAGUACAUUCCAGCCUCUCCCAGUACAUCCCAGCCUCUCCCAGUGCAUCCCAGCUUCUUCCAGUACAUUCCAGCUUCUCCCAGUACAUUCCAGCCUCUUCCAGUACAUCUCAGCCUGUCCCAGCGCAUUCCAGACUCUCUCAGUAUAUCUAAAACAAUUAUUCCCUGUAAAAACACUGUAAAUUAUUAUUGUACAGGGAAGUUUGAAGGAGUAAAUUUAUUCCCCCUAGCACUGCUGAACGUAAUCAUGUGUUACCUCUUUGUAGAAAACAUUUUAUGCGAGUCUCCCUUCCAAUACUCUGAAAUUGCUCUCGUUUUCUUUCCGCCUCGGGAGUUUUAAGGGGGAACUUCACUAAAUCGAUUAAUUUAUUCC